AUGCCGAGCGGUGGACAAAGAAAACACACGAUCUCGAACAAGACGAGGAAAAGGCCCGGAAAGGAUCUGGAUCAGAUCCACGAAGAUCUGAAGCCAGAGAAGGCCGCCAAGCUCCUCAACCAAGAGGUAAUUUUCUAUUUCGCGUCUUUUCCACUGAAAAAAAAUUGCAGGUCGACUACGAUCUCCCCGGCAACGGCCAGUUCUACUGCAUCGAAUGCGAGCGUCAUUUCAUCGACGAAAAGACGCGUCAACUGCAUCGGAAGACGAAACUGCACAAGAAUCGAGUGAAGACGUUGAAGGAGGUGCCGUACUCGCAAAAGGAGGCCGACGCCGCCGGAGGAUCCGGAUUCUUCCCGGCCAUCACUUUGAAGACUCGCGUGGAACUGCCCAAGGCGCCCGAGCCAGUGAAAGAAGAGGAAGCCGCCAAAUAA